AUUUCAAAUAAAUUUAAAAUUAAUUCUGUACAUAAUACCAGAAUUAUAUCAUCCUCCACUGAGGCGCCAGCUCCCAAGUCUGAGGAGAUUAUUGAAAUACCAAAACGUAUACAUCGUUCACCUAGCGAUAUCCUGUAUGCUUUAGCCGCUACAGUUGGCCGAGACGCCACAGCUGCUCAUUAUAAGUACCACGAUGACCCCUAUUUAAUACCAACAUCGAAUAUUACUAAACGUACAUAUGCGAUGGCCCAAGAAGCAGGACGAAAAGCAGCAAAAUGGAUUAAAGAAGAACAUCGUGAUUUAUUUAAGCAUCAAGAAGCUGAACCGCACAUAAAAGCAUUUGCGCCAAAGUUGAUUUUCACUGAAAAUUCAGAAGUUGCGCUACAAACGCUCGAAGAAUUAAUACAACUUUUUGAAGUAAGAGAUGCGGUCUUUGUUUACAAUUUAUUGAAAAAGAAAGGUUUAGAAAUAAAUUCCGAAACUAAGCAAAAUUUAUUAGAAUUGGUUAGCUUUUACAAUAAUGAAGAACCUUUGUCUGAAGAUUUAUACGAGGAAAGAUCAUUUCGACAAAGUAACGAAUCACGUGAGCGUAACCGCAAGACGUGGAAAGAUGGUGAUUUAGCUGAACAAUUAUUUCAUGAAAUUGAACCAAAAACUGAAAAGGCUUAUGCGGCUUUAAUACGUGGAAUGGCUACAUACUUUCAGGCGGAGCGAGCUUAUGCUUUACUGCAAGAGGCUCUGGAAAAGCAAUUCCAGAUGGAUACAACGACUUUUAAUUCCGUACUUAGUGUUGUAAAUUUUCUUAAAGACACUGCCGAUUUGCGUUGGGAAUUGUGUAAAGAUUUGUUGAAGCAAAUGAAUCAACUACGACUGAAACCAGAUUUAGGUACUUUAAAUGCGUUGCUAGAAUGUAUAAGCAGUUUCGGGAAUUUUAAAUUGGCACGACAAUCGGCUCUCCAAGUUUUGUCGGAAUUAAAGCGGUUAGGCGUCACACCCAGUCUAGGCAGCUACUAUUACGUUUUGAUCAUAUUUUGUCGCGAAAGAGGUCCCGUCUCUCACGUUAUUGUCGAUAUUUUAAAUGAGCUUGGACAACAAGAAUUCAAAAUACAGCAUCCCAAGGACACUUAUUUCUUCGCCACUGCAAUGGAUGUCUGUCGCAAUCACUUACACGAUUGUUCUUUAGCCCAAAAAGUUGAUAAACUUUUGCAUACGGGCAAGAACUAUGAUUUAAUUGGAAGUACAUACAAGGAAACCAUUUAUUAUCGGCAUUACUUUGCCUUAUUAAGUCAAACCGUAACUAUAGAUGAAUUUAUGCAAACGUACGAUUUGCUUGUUCCCAAUGUUUACAUACCGGAACCGGGUAUUAUGGAAGAAAUUUUAAAAAUGGUGGAAAUUAAUAGAGCUAUUGAUUUACUACCGCGGUUAUGGUCAGAUGUGGUAAUAUUCGAUCAUGUUGAUCGGGAAAAUUUGUUGCUACGUUUGCUGAAAAUAAUGAUAGAUAAUAAGCCAGAUACCAAAGAAUGUAACCAACAGUUGCCACAACAAUUUGCUAAAAUCGCUUUGGACAUUUACAAUAAAGUCGAAGAGAGCAAAAGACUUUCAUUUACGGGUGGAAUGCUUGGAGAUAUUAUUUGUUUGCUAAUAAGAGGGGGAAACUUUGAAAAAGCUACUGAAGUCUUCAACCAUACGGAUAAGAAUCAACAUCGCAUACCAGGAACACCGACGGAGCAUUGUCUAAAGGAGUACAUUGAAACUUGCAUUAACAAUAAAGCCCCUUCAGAAGCAUUAGUUUGUCUGCAAUACGCAAUCGAAAAUCAAAUGGAUGGCACCUCUCUAGCCAAAAAUAUGUAUAAAGGCUUCACCUUGAAUGAGAUAUAUUUAUCAAAAAUGAAAUCUUUAUUAGGUGAAGAUUCGUUUAAGAAAUAACGUGGAGAAUUGCUUUAAGUAAGCAUAGGUAUUAAGCAUUAAUUGAAUUGUUUUAAUUUAAAUUAACAUCGCGUUAAAAAACAAAUAAAGUUGCGAAUUUUGCAACUUUCACAACAUAAUUUCUGGGAAACGUCUUUAACAAGAUUGGGCGCAAGAGAGUAUCGAUAUUAUUUCCAUUCAACAUUUCACUUAUGUACAAACCCAUAGGGAAAAAUGUAAUUUUUAAACAAAGACUAUUUGCGACGUGCCUCGAGACAUAUGAUCUUUGGGGCAUAUGCUUAUUAGAGUCGCCUUUUGGUCUGAUUGGAAACUUGAUUUGGAUGCUAUCAAGUCGAACGGACGGAGAAUAUAUUUGAUUGAUUAAGAUGU